AUGCAGCUCGUCGAGCCCGAGCUCGCUGCAGAUCUCAUCGUCCUCGCCGCACGCUGCCCAGGGGCGGCCGCUUUCCUCCGCGCCUUCCUCGCCUCGCCGCUUGUCAAGUUGGCAGACCUUGAGUUUGUCAUCAACGUCAGCGCGGGCGCGGCGGUGGCUGCUGGCCACGCAGAUGCCUUUGCCGUCCUCUCUGCCGCCGAUAAGCAGGGGUCGAUCUGCGCCGCCACCAUCCACGACUCUCUUAUCACCGCGGUCCGUGCGGAUGUUCCAGGUGCACUAGCGGCUGCGUUAGACUGGCUUGGUCUCUCGCCGUCGCGCGAGCUGAUCGAGGCGUGCGCUCAUGGCGCGCCGCGCGCCCUCGGCAUACUCCUUGAUCGCACGCCGCCGCGUGCGCUGCGACACGUCUUGCCUGACGGGCUGGGCACCGCUGCCGCUAACGGGCACGUCGACAUUGUUGCCGUGCUCAUGGCACAACCGCAGCUUGAGGUCUCACCUGCGCUUGCCGCUCGGGUGCUGGCCUCGGCCGCCGCCCAUGGGCGCGUCGAGGUUGCUGCCCUGGUCUUGGAUGCCUGGCGGACGACAGUCGAUCUGAGCCUGGAUGACUCGGCGUGCCUCACGGCUGCCACUAGCACGCACUCGGCGGCUGCUUCUGCUGCACUCAUGGCCAUGUUGUUGCAGGCACCGGGCGCCAAUCCCACCGCCCGCAACUGCGAGGCCAUCUCCCGCGCCGCCCGGUACGGCCUCCUUGCCAGCCUCGAUGUGCUCCUUGAUGCCUGUACUCCGGCCCCGCCGCCGCUCGCCUUGACUCGUGCUCUUGAUGAGGCGCUCACCCGUGGCCAUGCCGACGUGGUCGUGGCGGUCUGUGACCGCAUCCGCGAUCAUUGCGACUCUUGCGCACUCUCACCCGAUCUCGCAUCGUCGCUCGCUGCCGCCAUCAAGAUCGGUCAUGUGUCGGCAGUCACCGCCUUUACCACUAGCCUACCGGCAACCGUCUUUGACGCCGAUGCGCUGGCAUCCAUCGUCGACACGCUGGUCGUGACCGCGCUUGCUCCGCCUGCAGCAGCUACCAUCGACCCCAAGCGCACGCUCCUCGUCGACGCCGCCAAGGAGUCGGGCAACUUUCUGUUCCGCACCAACAUGCCGACGACGGCUAACGGAUCGUUUGCCUACGACCUGCUCCUCGAGUACAUGCAGCAGCGGGCAGAGGCUGCCGGGCUCAGCUGGCCGGCGUCUGUGUACAUUGUUGACAUCUCGCUGCUCAACCCGACCGAGUUCAAGGACGAGGCCAUCGAGAAGAAGUUCUUCAAGGCACACCCAGAGGCCGGCGAGUACAUCAAUUGGCCGAUUGUGGGCGAUGUGUCGAACCCGCACGAGCUUCCGCUGGACGUCGUCAAGGUGCUCGCCGAGCGCAUGCACGAUUGGGACUUUGACCAGCUUCCCAAGCGCAUUCCGCUGGUUCACGAGUGGCUACAGCAAAAGUACGAUACCCCGCGGGCCUUUGUCUGGCACUGCGAGGCCGGCACCGACCGCACCGGCGAGGUCUCCGCCGCGUACUACAUGCAGUACUUUGGCUGGACGCUCAACCAGUCGCUCACCUACGACUCGCACGUCCACAACCGCCCCAUCGAAUGGCUCUCCCAGCAUGGUGUCGCCUGGUAUUGCUACUACCUCCAAUACGCUCUCGACUCGAUCAUGUUCACCAACCCUGCUUCCAUCGACACCGGCGUUUCUCGUGGUGCCACCAACCCUGCUCGCCACAUCGGCAAGUGUAUUUACCCGUUUACCGACAAGGAGAACCGCACUUUUGCUCGCAACAACAUGAAGGAGAUCUUUGCCCAGUACUCGGACGAAAACGGCCUCAUCACCCUCGCCAACAUCCGCGACGCACUCAAGAGCAUCAUUCGCGUUAACGGCGGUUCUUGUACCCAUGGCGCUGAGGUUUCUGCUGCUCUCGCUGACAGCUUUGACCUCGCCGCCGCCGCUGCCUGCUUCCACGCCGCCUUUGCCGCCCGCAAGCGGAGCAACCCUGCAGCAUCGCACACCGCUGACGGCCGCAGCGACGCUAAGCGCCACAACGAGCGCGAGCGCUUUGAAACCUACGGCAUGGUUGAUGCCCAGGUUUUCAUCUCGAUGUACCUCGAGCGCAUCCACCGGACCGCCUCCCGCCGCGCCAGCUACCACGCCCACAACGCUGCUGCCAAGCUUGAGUUUGAGUCGACCGACUUUUGCUCGCUCGCAGAGAUGACUGCCGCCCUCACCGCGAUCCGCGCCCCGUUUGCUGACAUCUUUGUUGACCACGCCGCAAGCACUGUCAACGCGCAGUUCCUUGCCGACGACAUCAGUGAUGAUGAUGACGACGAGGCUAACGCUGGCGACACCAUCGCCAUGGACGAGGCCCCGGCGGUCGAGACUGUGGCCUUCAACGCGCUCCUUGGCAGCAGCAAGCAGCACUCUGACACCGCCUCUCUCGACUGGUUUCCCUCUCUCGAGAGCAUCUACGACUCUGGCUUGGUUGCCAUGGACGUCGGCGACCACGAUCAGGCGGCACCCGUCCCUAUCCAUACCGCGGACUUUGAUCCGACUGACCCGUUCAACAUGGGCUUUUCUGUCGCAACGUCUCACCAGCGCGAGUUUGACACCUUUGACCCGCUCGAGUUCCUCAACUAGCGCCUCCCUAAAGACGACCUCCAUCAGCA